GACAUUAGCAACUUUACUAAACGUCGUACAAUUUAUACAUGGUGUCGUAAACAGAAGGCUGAUUUUCUAUUUUUGCAAGAAACGCAUUCAAAGAAGGAGACAGAGGUGCAGUGGAAAAAUAAAUGGGGUGGCGAAAUACUUUUCUCACAUGGAAGCCCUAAUUCAUGCGGUACUGCAAUAUUGGUCAGAAACAAUACCAAUUAUUCAGUUCUAUCGACAACUAGAGAUCCCCUGGGUCGUUUUAUUAUACUUAAAAUCCAAAUCGAUGACAAAGUAUAUGUUCUUGUAAAUAUCUAUGCACCGAACAAAGAUAAGGAUCUAAUUCAGUUUUUUUAGAAAAUUACAUGGCCUGCUUCAAAUGGAAGACUUAGACUCAGAGGAAAACAUUAUAUUAGGGGGUGAUUUCAAUUGUCCGUUAAAUCUAGCUCUUGAUAAACACGGUGGUGUCAUGAUUCCAAGAAGAGCAGCAAUUGAUAGUAUUGAAACUUUACAAAGCGAACUGGACUUAAUUGAUAUUUGGAGAAUUAAGAACCCUCAAACAAGAAGUUACACUUGGAGUCAAAAAUCCCCAACAGUUCUCUGUCGACUAGAUUUUGGCUUAUCUCUAACAAUGUCUGUGAUUUUAUAAACGCUACUGAAAUACAGCCUGCAAUACGCACAGAUCAUGCUGCAAUAACCUUAGCUCUAGCAGACAUUGGAGAGAUAAAAGGUCCUGGUAUAUGGAAAAUGAAUGUUUCGCUCUUAGAGGAUGAAAACUACCUAGAACAGUUACGAAUUAAUAGACCCAAAUGGAAACAAGAAGGGGAAAUUGAUCUGUCUGACAAACGCUGCGUUUGGGGCUGGAUCAAAUACAUAUUAGAUUGCACGCCAUUAGCUACUCCAAAGAAAAAGCCAAACUUAAAUAUGAGAAAGAGCAGCGGAUUCAACAAGAACUUAAAGAUGCUAACAGGCUGUUUGAAAAUGACCCUUGUCCCUCAAAUAGAUUGCGAUUAGAUGAAAUCAAAGAAAAAUUAGAACUUUUAUAUGAGGAAAAAGUAAAAGGAACCGUCAUACGGGCAAGAGCACGUUGGCAUGAGUAUGGUGAAAGGAGUACUAAAUACUUUUUAAAUCUAGAAAAGAGAUACCAUGUCAAAAAACACAUACGAAAAUUGUUAACAAGUGGUUCAAUAACUACAGACCCGUAUCGGAUACUCGCCGAACAAAAACGAUUUUAUUAAAACCUAUACAAAACUAAGGACUCUGUAGAGGCUACGGAUUCCAUAGAGGCAUUUCUAAAUAGUUUAAAUAUUCCUAAACUAUCGGAAGAACAAAGGCAAUCGUGUGAAGGACGAAUUUCUACCGAGGAAUGUAGGACAAUUAUAGAAACGUUUCAAAACAAUAAAUCACCAGGGAAUGAUGGUCUCCCCAUUGAAUUUUACAAAAGCUGCUGGGAUCUCAUUAGUAAACCCUUCAUAGAUUGCGUCAAUGAAUCCUUUGAUAAAGAAGAAAUGUCUAAUUCCCAAAGGCAGGCUGUAAUCACUUUAAUAGAAAAGAAAGGCAAAGAUCGUACAUUAAUAGAAAAUUGGAGGCCCAUAUCACUUGUCAAUGCUGACGCUAAGAUAAUAUCUAAAGUGAUUGCCAACAGAAUUAAAGAUAUACUUCCUUCUAUAAUCCACCAUAACCAAACUGGUUAUGUAAAAGAACGCUAUAUUGGUGAAACGGUUAGGUCGAUCUUCGAUAUCAUGGAUUUAACAGAUAAGGAAAAUAUGCCUGGUCUGUUGAUAUUUAUUGAUUUUGAAAAAGCGUUUUAUUCUUUAGAAUGGAACUUCCUGUAUAAUUGUCUAGAUGUCUUUAAUUUUGGUCCAAAUUUUAAGCGCUGGAUCAAAACUUUUUACGCAAAUAUUAAAAGUUGUGUGGUAAAUAAUGGGUUGUGUUCAGACUAUUUUGAACUGACACGUGGCGUCAGGCAGGGCGACCCUCUUUCCCCAUAUCUCUUUCUUUUGGCCGUGGAAACCUUAGCGAUCUCCAUCAGAGCUAGCGAAGAAAUAAAAGGAAUAGUAAUAAAUCAAGAAGAGACCAAACUUCUUCAGCUCAAAAACACAGAGACCGAACACAGAGUCAGCUCAAAAACUCUUCCAACUGCUUGAUAAGUUCAAGGAGCUUUCUGGCUUAAAGGUAAAUAGUUCAAAGACCGAAGGAAUGUGGAUAGAAUCACUGAAGAACAGUGAAAAUAAACCUCUAGGAAUCAAAUGGCCCACAGAGCCAAUACAAGCCCUUGGUGUCUUUUUCACCUAUGACCAUAAGUUGUCUCACUCAAAGAAUUUCUCAGAGAAAAUCGUCGACAUUAAAAACCUAAUCAACAUCUGGUCCUCAAGGGGGCUUUCUGUCUACGGAAAGGUUACUCUAAUCAAAUCACUUCUUAUACCUAAGAUCGUUUACACCUCCUCUUUGUUACCUACUCCGGAACACAUUG